CUGCGCACACUGCUGUCAAACGCGCUGACGGAGGCCGCCAAGAAAAAAGGCGGGAGUCGCCGGUCUCGAGCGGGGCAAAAUGGCGCGGGAGGAGAUGCUGGCGUUCACCCGGAGCCUCUUCCGAGGCCGCCCGGACCUCAGCACGCUGACGCACUCCAUCGUGCGGCGGAGGUUCUUGGCUCACGUGGGCCGCGACCACCUGGAACCCGACGAGAAGCAGGCGCUGAAGCGGCUGGUGGAGGAGGAGCUUCUGAAGACACAGGUGGAUGAAGCUGGCGGCAGGGAAGAGAAGCCAGACCUUGCCCAGAAGGUGAAGAGGUCUCCCAGCCCCUGUAGUGACCCGGAGCGAAAACGGCCUCGUUUCAACUCAGAGUCGGAGCCCAGCUCCGAGGCCUCCAGUCCCGAGUGCCUUGGCCCAGCUGCAAAGAAAAGGAUGACUGCAGUUGAGGCAAGUCUGAGGAGAGCUUCCGAGAGAGCAGGUGAGAGCAGCGAUGAGGAAGAAGAGCAGGAUGUCACUGCCAAGAUGGGAUCGGAGGAGGAGGGGAUGAUGAAGGACAGCAGUGAGGACAGCAGUGUCGAGGAGGGUUCUGCCAGAGCAAGUAAGGCCCAGAAGGGAGGAAGCAGCGAGGAAGAGGAAGAUGAGGAGAAACUGGAGCCCAAAGGCAGGAGCAGGAGCAGGAGCAGGAAGAAACCUGUGGCAAGAAGCAAGCCGGCAUCAGGCAAGGCCUCAGCUCGCCGGAAACAGGCCAGUGAGGAGGAGGAGGAAGAGGAACCAAUCCAGAGGACCAGGAAGGCAGGGAGAAAGAGUGGAGCUAGCCCCAGGGAAAGGGAGGACAGCGAGGAAGAGGAGGAGAAAGAGGAGAGGGAGGCAGAGGAUCGGACACCCAGAGUACAGAGCAAUGGAGGUGACAGGUCAGCUUGUGAGGAUACAGAGGCACCGGAGGAACAAGCGGGGACAGGCAGUGGGGACAGCAGCGGUGAAGAGCCAAAGAAUGACAGGGUUCAGAGCAAGGGCAGGAAAAGACAGAGUGGAAGCAGCGAGGACGACAGGGAAGACAGCCAGGGGAAGGCGACAUCUACUACUAAAGGGAAGACGGCCAAAGCGGGCAGGCUCAGCGGGGACAGCGACUCUGAGAGGGAGCUGAGUGACAGUGAGGCCGGGGAGAGUCCCAAAGGGGAGAGGAAGAACCGCUCCUCCAAGAAGAACUCCAAGAAAAGCAGGACGCGGAGCUCCUCUUCCUCCACAGACGGCAGUCCGGAGCCCAGAGGUGGGAAGGCUGGGUCUGGCCGCCGCGGGGAAGACCACCCGGCCGUGACGAGGCUCAAGCGCUACAUCCGGGCCUGUGGUGCCCACCGGAACUACAAGAAGCUGCUGGGCUCCUGCCGCUCGCACAAGGAGCGCCUGAGUGUGCUCCGGGCUGAGCUGGAAGCCCUGGGCAUGAAGGGUAACCCAUCCCUAGAGAAAUGCCGCGUCCUGAAGGAACAGCGGGAGGAAGCAGCUGAGGUGGCCUCCCUGGAUGUCACCAACAUCAUCCACUGUUCAGGCCGGCCGCGCAGGCGCACCGCAUGGAACCCUUCUGAAGCCACUCCGUCAGGGGAGCUGUACCGCCGGACCCUGGACUCAGAGGAAGAGCAACCCCGCCGGCCACCCCCAGACUGGUCCCACAUGCGCGGCAUCAUCAGCAGCGAUGGCGAGAGUAACUAAGCUCUCCCUGAGCCCCCUUUCACAUUGUAGAAAGUGUACAUAGCACCCCUGUCCCUACUCUGCCUGCACAGAAGUAACUUUCUUCAGAGAAGAAAGGGACACAAGUUGUGGGGAUCCUACUCAGUUUUACACUCAGUGGGAGGUAUUUACAGGGAUUAUUGUUCUUAUUAAAGGAGUGUUUAACUCAGCUUAUCAAAACUGGUCCCCUGCUCUUCCCCCGACAUGCUGGGCCAGGACAGAGGCUAGUUACUCUAUCUCCCUUUUAUCUCUCAAGUUCUCCAGAGAUCCCAGUCUUCAGACCCCAGGACCCAGUCUGCCAUCAGACUCCAGCCAAGAGGAGUAUGGCUCUGGCCUUCCUGGAGCUGUGGCUAGUAACCUAAUGUCGAAGUGGGAGGAGGAUGUAAGUGACACACCUUGGGAACGGCUGGUGUCUAGUUUCCUUUUUCUGGAAAGAGCCACUUAACCUGUGGGUCAACACUUGCAGCCUUCAAGGGCUGGGUAUGUGGCCUAGGGCUCUGCCUCCAGAGCACACCAGUGAGGUCACGCAGGGCCUGGCACUUCUCAAGGGACAGGUUAUCUGGGGCAGAAGAGGCUGGUGAUGCCCUCCCCAACAGGCCGGGCGCUCCAGGGUUCUUGCUGUUGAGGCUGUUGGUACAUGGAAGCGUGAACUGUCGGGCCCACAUGAGAAGGGAGCCUUCUGGGAGUGAUAGAGGCAUAAGCAAAGGUUAAGGGACCGGUGACACCUUAAAUCUCCAGCUUCAGGCAUUCUGAAGUCAUUAAAAUAAUGAAAGUUUUA